AUGAGUCUCGAAAAACCAGAGCCAGUUGGCCUGGGCUCUAACCAAAGCGACAGCUCAAUAGACCUCGAGCAAAAAGGCGAGCGCGAAGGCUAUGUUCUCAAUGCCCAGGACGCGCAAACCCGCCGAGAGCUCAAGACAACAACCGACGGACAGACGAUUCUCAUCCCCCAGCCCAGCGACUCGCCCUACGACCCAUUGAACUGGUCGCAAUACAAAAAGCAUCUCGUUCUUAUUGUGAUUUCAUGCACGGCUUUUCUGCCCGACUUUGGAAGCGCAACCGGCGCGGUGACCCUGAAUGUGCAGGCUGCUGAAUGGGGGAUUUUGCCGACUACAGUCAACCAUUCGCAAGUAGGCAAUGUCUUUAUGCUUGGCGCUGCCAGUCCUAUUGUCGUCGCAUUAGCAGCGUAUUUUGGUCGUUAUCCCGUUCUGUUCUGGUGGACGGUAUUGGCACUGGCGACGGCGAUCUGGUGUACGGCGGCACAGAGCUUUAAUUCAUUUAUGGCUGCCCGUAUCUUGAAUGGCAUGUUCUCGACAGUAAUGCAGGGUGGUGGUCUCAUGUUCAUCAAAGACAUAUUUUUCUUCCACGAACACGCCCGCAAAAUCAACAUCUGGUCUGGAUUCGUUAUUCUCUCACCGUACAUGGGUCCCAUGUUCUCAGCCUUCAUCCUCACAAGCCAGACCUGGCGUGUAGCCUUCGGUUUGCUCACCGCUAUCACGGGCCUGUGCCUGCUGGCAAUCAUCUUCUUCGCCGAAGAGACAUACUAUGACCGCAAGAACCCCAAGCCAGACCUAAUUCCCAGCGGUCCACGCUGGCAGCGCAUGCUGGGAAUUCAGCAAUGGCGUACAGGGUAUAUCGAAAACUCAGUAAAGGAUGCCGUCAUGCGGCCAUUGAUUAUCAUUGCCAAGCCAGUGGUCGCCCUCUCAUGCUUCUUCUAUUUGCUGGUCUUUGAGUGGGUGGUUGGUAUCAACACGACGCUCUCGCUGAUGCUGCCACCGAUUUACGGCUUUCAGAGCAAACAAAUUGGAUUCUUCUAUUUCACGCCCAUCGUCGCAGCAAUUCUCGGCGAAGUAAUCGGCCACUGGCUACAUGACCUAAUUGCAAAGAUCUACACAAAGAGAAAUCAAGGCCGUCUCGAGCCCGAAGCUCGCCUCUUCGCCGUCUGGGCGGCCAGUCCAUUUAUGAUCGCCGGGCUGCUGGUGAUGGGCUACGCGCUGCAGAACCACUGGCACUACAUGCUCACCGCGCUGGGCUGGGGCUUGUAUGUGUUCGGCAUCAUGAUUGUCACGGUGGGAAUCAACGCAUACGUGCUUGAUUCGUACCCGGAGGCGAGUGGUGAAGUUGCCGCAUGGGUUAACGUCGGCCGCACGCUUGGCGGGUUCAUUGUUUCGUACUUUAUGAUCGAGUGGGAGCAGAAACAAGGCUCGGUUCGCCAGUUCGGUACUAUGACUGGCAUUCUCAGCUUUGGAUUUAUCAUUAUCAUUAUCCUGCAAGUCUAUGGGAAGAGGUUGCGGCUGUGGUCUGGACCGGCUAAAUUCAAGACUGCUUGA